AUGAAGCUGUUGUGGGUUGUUCUGCUGGUGGUCGGCACCGUGUUUGCUUGUUUUGCCGAUGAGGAGGAGAAUGUGGGGACUGUGAUUGGAAUCGACUUAGGAACCACCUAUUCCUGCGUUGGAGUGUUCAAGAAUGGCCGUGUGGAGAUCAUCGCCAAUGACCAGGGUAACCGCAUCACCCCCUCAUUUGUGGCCUUCACCAGUGAGGGUGAGCGUCUGAUUGGUGAUGCUGCCAAGAAUCAGCUGACCUCUAACCCUGAGAACACGGUCUUUGAUGCCAAAAGACUGAUUGGUCGCACUUGGGGCGACUCCUCUGUGCAGCAGGACAUCAAGUACCUGCCCUUCAAGGUCACUGAGAAGAAGAGCAAGCCCCAUAUCCAGGUUGACAUCGGUGGCGGCCAGAUGAAGACAUUUGCUCCCGAGGAGAUCUCUGCCAUGGUGCUGACCAAGAUGAAGGAGACUGCUGAGGCUUACCUGGGCAAGAAGGUCACACAUGCUGUGGUCACUGUCCCUGCCUACUUCAAUGAUGCCCAGCGCCAGGCCACCAAGGAUGCUGGAACCAUCGCUGGUCUGAAUGUUAUGAGAAUCAUCAAUGAGCCAACUGCUGCUGCCAUUGCUUAUGGCCUGGACAAGAGGGGUCACGAGAAGAAAGUUCUAGUGUUCGAUCUGGGUGGUGGCACCUUUGACGUCUCCCUUCUGGCCAUUGACUAUGGUGUGUUUGAAGUGAUGGCCACCAACGGUGACACUCAUCUGGGAGGUGAGGACUUUGACCAGCGUGUCAUGGAGCACUUCAUCAAGCUGUACAAGAAGAAGACUGGCAAAGAUGUGCGCAAAGACAACCGUGCUGUGCAGAAGCUGCGUCGUGAGGUUGAGAAGGCAAAGAGGGCACUGUCUGCCCAGCACCAGGCCCGUAUUGAGAUCGAGUCCUUCUUUGAGGGAGAAGACUUCUCUGAGACCCUGACCCGUGCCAAGUUUGAAGAGCUGAACAUGGACCUUUUCCGUUCCACCAUGAAGCCUGUGCAGAAAGUGCUGGAAGACGCUGACAUGAAAAAGUCUGACAUUGAUGAGAUUGUCCUGGUUGGAGGCUCCACCCGUAUCCCCAAAAUCCAGCAGCUGGUGAAGGAGUUCUUCAAUGGCAAGGAGCCCUCCAGAGGCAUCAACCCUGAUGAGGCUGUGGCUUAUGGAGCUGCUGUGCAGGCUGGAGUGCUCUCUGGAGAGGAGGAUACUGGUGAUGUGGUUCUUCUGGAUGUGUGCCCCCUGACUCUUGGUAUUGAGACCGUUGGAGGAGUGAUGACCAAACUGAUCCCCAGGAACACUGUGGUGCCCACCAAGAAGUCCCAGAUCUUUUCUACAGCUUCUGAUAACCAGCCUACUGUCACCAUUAAGGUCUAUGAAGGUGAGCGUCCUUUGACGAAAGACAACCACCUUCUGGGCACCUUCGACCUGACUGGCAUCCCCCCUGCCCCUCGUGGUGUACCACAGAUUGAAGUCACCUUUGAGAUUGAUGUCAACAGUAUUCUGCGUGUCACUGCUGAGGACAAGGGCACCGGCAACAAGAACAAAAUCACGAUCACCAAUGACCAGAACCGCCUAACACCCGAGGAUAUCGAGCGCAUGGUGAAUGACGCUGAGCGCUUUGCUGAUGAAGACAAGAAGCUGAAGGAGAGGAUCGAUGCCCGCAACGAGUUGGAGAGCUACGCCUACUCUCUGAAGAACCAGAUCGGCGACAAGGAGAAGCUUGGUGGCAAACUGUCAGAUGACGAUAAGGAGGCCGUUGAGAAGGCAGUGGAGGAGAAGAUCGAGUGGAUGGAGUCGCACCAAGAUGCUGACCUGGAAGAGUUCCAGGCCAAGAAGAAGGAGCUGGAGGAGGUGGUCCAACCCAUCAUCAGCAAGCUUUACGGCAGUGCAGGCGGACCUCCACCUGAGGGCGCUGAGAGUGAGCAAGAUGGGAGGGAUGAGUUGUAGGCAGGUUUGAAGUCUUCUGCUGUUCCUUGCCUUUCUGGUUGUGGCAUCUGUACGUACUGAACUGAUGGGACUCAAAUAGUGAGAGGAAAGGCAGGGAAACUUCUGCAAGAAUUAAAAAUAAGUUUCAGUGUAUAGGAAGUGUUCUCUUCGCUGGAAGGCGGAGAUAUUCGUCAGCCCGGAUAUGAGGCUUGUUGCUGCUGUUCUCAGGCAGUCCUAAUGGGCUUUAGUAAUGGGAAGGGAAGUAGUGGGGUGGAUGAUCGGGUGAGCAGCAGGUAUUACUAAGCAAUGUGGUAAAAAGGCAAGUUGGCCUGUCAUAACAGGUGCAGCAAGGAGAGUUGAGAUAUAAAUCAAGCAACCUAAGUGUGUGCAUGUCCAUUCAGGCCUGAGAAGAGGUGUUUCAGCCAAAACAACUGAAAACUCCUUCAGGUGUGUGAUGUUGUGUACAGGGCCUAAAACUGUAAAGAAAGAUGCUUGGACUAUAUAUUUUUUCUGUUUGUAAAACAUGAAUACUGAGAUUUGUCACAUGAUCUCCUGGAACAUCAUCAGGAAUUGUGAUCAGCUAACAUCUCCUAACGCAUUCAACCCAAGUUAACUCUGAUUUUUUGAUGUUUCCACGGUCAUUCAGUGAAAAUCUAACUGUGCCUUGAGGACAGUCUAAGCUGUGGGACACUAUGGCUUCAUGUUGGUGCAAUGUGAUGUUUGAAGUAUUACGACUUUUGAUCACUGGGGAUCAAGGUGGAAUUAAAGCUGAUUCCAUUACACUGCUCGUUAGUUAUUUUAAGCCGCAGAUUAAUUUGACACUUGCCUGUUGUACAGACAUGACGUUUGGGGCCUGAGACAGGUCCUGCUUCCUCACUGGACAAGACAUACAGUCUGUCCACGAGGCAGGCUGAGUUGUGUGGUUUGCACUAUUACACUUAUUUUUUAUUUUCAGUUACUUU